AUGAACCAGAUCAUCAACAUCUGCGCGUGUCUAGUUUUUCUACUAGUCCCGUCACUUGCGGUCAUUCCUCCUGCUGUCAUUCCGUCAGCCAUUGAGGCAGUCUACGGCAGCUUCAUCAAACAUAACGUCGCUGGCGACGCGGAACAAGCUGAGUCGAUCCCUCUAGGUGGCUUGGCCAUCCUUGUCAUCGACCAGCAAGUGAGUUUCUAUCCUGGAGGCUCACUCGCCAUCCCAACCGCCAACGAAGACGCAGCUCGGAUCGCAGCGUUCAUCUCGAACCACACGUCCGAGCUGUCCCAAAUUGUGUUGACUAUGGACUCGCAUCAGAGAUACCACAUCGCACACGGAAUCUUCUGGACAAAUGACACUGGGGAAUCGCCUCAGCCAUUUACUAUUAAUACGAUCACAUCCAAGGAUAUCAAGAACAGAGUCUGGAAGCCACGUGAGUGA